AGGCUGUUUGGAUGGCUCCUACUGGCCUUUGUGGACUGGUCAGGUCCUCCGCAAUUGGAAGAGUUUCCUGGCAGCGGCAUUUCCUGCAUCCGCCAUCGUAUCAGAAGAGCGGCAGACUGGCAGCAGCAGCUACUGGUCGGCGGGCCCGCGAGUGCAGCGCAACAGCAGCUGGUGGGCCACUGGUCUGCGGAUGGGCAGCUACUGUCCACCUGAAGGGGAUCACUUGGAAGGCUUGCGGGAGCCGCAAGGGGAAGCAAGCUCCGUGCUGUGUGCAAUACCUUUGGUUUGGCCGGGCGAGGAGCGGGCCGCUACCGUCAUUGCGGGGACGUAUGCCACUGCAUGCGAUAGGCUCGUGUUUUUCCUGGCAUCGCCGGACGCCGCGACGGCCGCCGAAGCUCGGCGCGUCCUGGGCGGACUUCUCCCUGGUGCCUCAGUGGUGGACUUGGCGGCUGAGUGGCCAGCAAUGCUGCGUGACCGGGCGGAGGCGCUGGCAGCGCACGGCCGCCAAGGGGUUUCUGGCGCCAACCAGAAGGACCUGCUGCUCUUUGCUCACUUGGCCUCGGAGGCGAACCUCGAAGAUUGGAUUUGUCGGGUAGAGACAGACAGCUACUUUGCGCCGGCCAAUUUCCGGCGCUUUGUCCGGGGGCGGCAGCUGAGUCCAGAGGAGGAUGUGUACUUGGGCAGCCUGGCCUAUUGGCACUUGCACUUUGAGCCUCGCAUGGUCUUCAACGAGCAGGUCCAAUGCCUCAGCCGUGCGGCCACGCUCCGCCUUGGCCCGGCGGUGCGGCGCGCCCCCUGGGCCGAAACCGCCUCCUACGCGCGCUGCGAGGUCGCGCCAGGGCAUCGAGGUGACAUCAUGCUGGGCCUUUGCCUGGCAGAGGUGGGCAUCGUGCCCUUCGCUGACGUGGCGGACCGCUGGGGACGUGAAUACUUCCUCAAUUAUCGCAUGGAGGACAUGGCGCUCCACGCGCCCUACAAGGCCUACGGAGACUUGAUGCCUGAUCCACGACACAUUGAGAGUAAUGCGGCCAUUCAUUGGCGAGGCAAAGCUCAUAUCUUCAUGCCUUGCUUGGCGUCGAAUCAGUUUUGGGCCUCCCCUUAUCCCAUCAGCUUCCACGACUACAAAGAUGCUGACAGACUGCGGCAUGUGCACAAGGUGAUGCUGGGGCAAGCGUCUUGCUCCGGAUGCCCCGCAGGUUAUGAGGCCAAGCUUGCAAGAAAAGAGAGCCGCAGCGUAUCGGACUGAAGAGCGUAAGUGCUGUAAAUUGGCCUCAUGCCUAUGUUUGUGUGUGUGUGUGGCUGUUUUCGUGUGUCUCUGUGUGGGUUUGCGAGCGUGGUUUGUGUGUUUGUGUGU